GGGUUUUCCACUGUCGAGUGCCAUUUUGCGCUUUCUCUCUCUGUUCGCGGCAUCAACUCCUUCAGCGGCUGCUGUGUUCUGCAAACCACUGAUCCAUGGCAGUUGGGAAGAACAAGAGGAUCUCCAAGGGAAAGAAGGGUGGAAAGAAGAAGGCUGCUGAUCCGUUUGCAAAGAAGGAUUGGUAUGACAUUAAGGCCCCUUCCGUUUUCCAGGUCAAGAAUGUUGGCAAGACCCUGGUCACUCGGACACAGGGUACGAAGAUCGCAUCCGAAGGGCUCAAACAUAGGGUGUUUGAUGUCUCAUUGGCUGAUCUUCAAGGGGAUGAGGACCAUUCGUUCAGGAAGAUUAGAUUGAGAGCUGAAGAUGUUCAAGGGAGGAAUGUUCUGACCAACUUCUGGGGAAUGGAUUUUACGACUGACAAGUUGAGGUCGUUGGUUCGAAAAUGGCAAACACUCAUUGAAGCCCAUGUUGAUAUCAAAACAACCGACAACUACACAUUGAGGUUGUUUUGCAUUGGUUUCACCAAAAGGAGGUUCAACCAAAUUAAGAGGACUUGUUACGCGCAGACAAGUCAAGUAAGACAGAUCCGUAGGAAGAUGAGAGAGAUCAUGACAAACCAGGCUACAUCCUGUGAUUUGAAGGAGUUGGUCCGCAAGUUCAUUCCUGAAAUGAUAGGAAAGGAGAUCGAGAAGGCAACAUCCAGUAUUUAUCCGCUCCAAAAUGUUUUUAUCAGAAAAGUCAAGGUCUUGAAGGCUCCCAAGUUUGAUCUUGGAAAACUGAUGGAGGUCCAUGGUGACUACUCUGAAGAUGUUGGUGCAAAGGUAGACAGACCUGCUGAUGAAACAAUAGCAGAGGCACCCACUGAAGUUAUUGGAGCUUGAUUAAUUCAUAAUGCAUCCUUAGUUUUGCUUUAGAAUUGGUGUUAUGUUUUACUGAAUAUUAUUUAAACUUACGUCGGUUCCUUUCCAUGUAAAACUGAGAAACCAGAACCAGUUUUGUUUGACAUUUCUAAAAACAGUAUUUUUCUCGGUGAUAUAUAUUUUGGAGAUUGUUUA